UAUUAAUAUGCCAUGGUCCUCAAGACUUUUACACAUUAAACAAAGAAAAGAUAAACGAAGACUCUCCAUACCUUGUCCAUACUCAUCAUCCACCAACCUCACCUGACUAAAGCUGGCUGACUUUAACAAGACUGUUAGUCAUUGAGCUUUGCUGUGGCGUGUUUGGCCGUGUUCUACCUUUGUAAUACCAUCCGGCGCACAGACACAGACGGCGGUGGAAUUUGUCAUACAAGUCUAACAAAGAGCACAUUGCCCUUCGCGCAGCAUUUCUGGUUUUAAAUUCGUUCUCAUUUCCCUCUCUCUCUCUUUCUGUGUCCUUUCGUAUCUUCAUUAUCCAUGCCCCAUUCUCCCUUCCUAAACUAUUAUUCCAGGAAGGUUUACUUUUUUUCCUUUUUUUUGUUUAUUUCAUCACAAAAAUGACAGCCGCACUUGCAGCCCUUCAGGAAUCAACCGUUCCAUUGUAUGAUCGAUGGCAUGAUGGUGAGCGCAAAGUACAAGACCUACUCCAUGUUCGGGAAGCAGUGACAAGGGGUAGUACCUACUUCCGGCCUUAUUUGACAGUUCAGAUGCAAGAGUUCGUCCCUGGAUUGAACUAUUUCUUUAUCGGCACUUUGGAUUCACAAGGAAGACCAUGGGUAUCCAUCCUAACAGGGCCGAAAGGGUUUAUGCAAGCACCUCUUGAUGGCAAUGGCAAGGUUUUGGAAAUCAAGACGCGUCUAGGCCAAAGUCUUGUCACUGAUGAAUACGAACACGAACAUGAACACGAACAUGAACACAAAAAAGGUGCAAUAAAAGAAAAAGAUCCUUCUGUCACUAUGCCCGCAGAUCCAAUAUUUUCAAACUUCAUCCAUGGAGAAACAUUUUCAAGUAACAAACGAAUGUGGGGAGGUGUAGCGCUCGACUUUUCGAAUCGACGACGUAAUAAGAUGAACGGCGUGCUCUAUCCACACAAUAUCCUCGCUGCUGAUGAAAACUCUGGAGAUCUCCACGUUCGGUUAACUGUAGAACAGACCAUUGGAAACUGCCCCAAGUAUAUUACAGUUCGGGAGCUGGAUCUUUUUCCUUCUCAUCUCCAUACUAAAAGCAAUGACACUGUUGAAUAUGAACCUACAAAAAAGAGCCUAAAUACAAAUAGGAACAUCAACACUUCUGAAGCCCAGUCUUUGCCCCUACCUCUAUCCCUUUCAUCUUAUGGAUGGCUAUUACCGGAAGAGCAAGCGAUCAUUCGCCAAGCAGAUUGUCUGUUUAUCGCUUCUAGAUUCAUUGAUGAGACACUUUCAGAUCAGACAAGCGGAAUGGAUUGUAACCAUCGUGGAGGAAAUCCUGGCUUUGUACGAAUCCUUGAAGACAACCGGCUCGUCUUUCCUGAUUAUAGCGGCAAUCGAUUCUUUAAUACCCUUGGAAAUAUCGCCAACGAUGACAGAGUUGGGCUCCUCUUCCUAGACUUCGAGACCGGUGAUACGCUUCAUUUGACAGGUCAUGCAAAAAUCUUUAUUGGCAUGGCCUCUCAGGAAAUAUACCCACGUUCGCAACGAUCCAUCCAAAUCACAGUCGACCCAUACCAUAUCCUACGCCGUCAUGCUCUACCUUUUAGAAUGACCGUUAAAGAACUAUCGCCCUAUAAUCCUAUCAUUCCAUCUACUCAGCAUCGGAUAGUUUAUCAAAACAGCAGCAGCACACUUGGCAACCUGGGACAGGAACAGGAGCAAGAGGGAAAAAAAGGCCAAGAGGUCAUGGUCACAUUAACAGGGAUCAAAAGACAUACAGCUGAUAUCUCUACCUUUGAAUUCAGGACUUCGCGACCCAUCCAUUAUAUCCCAGGACAGUAUGCGGUUUUGGAUUUCAGUGCUUAUAACACAAUAGGAUAUCGACACAUGGCACCCGAUGAUCCAUCCAGUUUAAAUGAUGACUAUAUUCGCACUUGGACGAUUUCUUCUGCGCCUUUUGUCUCUUCCUCUUCUCCGGCCUCGUCCUUCUCCACAUCAUCAACCUCAAGCCAUGGUUGGGAAGAAUCUUCAAGCUUCAGUAUGACGAUCAAACGGAAGCCUGAUGGAAAGAUCUCUAAUUUGUUACACGCUUUGAACCCAGACUCACUCAUUAGUGAGCCUUUCACAGUGCCGUUGAUAUCUACAGGCGGCAACUUUUUCUUACCGCCAGGACCUUAUGUUAAAACACCCUUGACAUCACCAUCCUCAUCGUUGGUGUCAUCAUCUUCCUCGCCGUCUAACGCCUUCAAGACAGUCAAGCUGGCUUUUUUCUCUGGUGGUAUCGGCUCAACUCCAUUCAUCUCAAUGAUCCGUGGUAUAAGAAAACGACAACUAUUGAGCAGCUAUUACAAGGAUGUUCACAACAAUGACAGUAACUUCCAAGAGUUGUUUGAUAUUCAGUGGAUUACUUCAGUUCCAUAUUUUGAGGAUUUGCUUCCAGAAAUUCUCUAUGACCUUGUCAAAGAACAAGAACAAGAACAAGAACAAGAAGAGAAGAAUAUAAAACCCAAUCAACCUUUGACAUCUCUGCAACUUUCAGUCAAUGCAUUUUUGACGCGAGAGGAACAGAAGACUGUUGCAGCCUAUUUGAAUGAUCAUGGCAUUAAGAAUCAGAGUACCAAGAGCAACAGCAGCAGCAACAAGAUCGAGCUUCAUUUCAAACGAUUGGACAUUCAGGCUUUGUUGGAAGCGAUUCCUGACCUUGUUGAGGAUCAGGAGCGUCAAAUCUUACUCUGCGGACCAGAGCCCUAUUUGGAAGCAGUGAGAGGUUAUCUUCAUCAGCUUGGCAUCCCUGCAGGCCGUGUCUUGACAGAGGAAUUUAACUUUUAGUGCUUAUUUAUAUUUACUUUUAUUUUUUAGUACAAAGAAAACUAGUUGAUACAUUAAAAAGCAACAACAACUCAAAAGAAAGAAAAGGCAUGAUAUUCGGAUAAUAAAAAAAUAAAAAAGAAACGAAUGAAAUAAACGGGACGAACAAAAAUAAGAAUUAAUAAAAACAAGCAUUAACGCCUCUCAUUCACUCGGAACUGAAGCCAGAGGAAACCGAUCAAGAAGAACGUGCAAGCCAUGAUACUAAGACUUUGCACAUCUUUCCAGAACGCGCCCGAGUUAAAUCCAAAUGUUGACAGAAUGACUGCUCCAGGAAC